UGGAAAUAAAUCAGACUCUGGUUUAUAAUUUUUUAGACAUACAGUCAAAAAUCCCCCUUUAUAGGGGUUGAUGGUUCACUAGUGUCUCUUCAGAGGCAAUAUCCAGGCUUAACAAUAAAGUUUGAUUUUAUGUAACCUUAGUGCACGGUAAGAACCACCAACUUAAGAAGAAUGUUGAAAUUAAAGCCUAUUUCUGCUGCUUUUUAAUUAAUUGAAAUGUGGUGGAUUAGUAAUGUAAAGUUAAAUAUAUAAACACUCAUGUUUAAGUACCUCAAAAUUGCCCUUAAGUAUAGUGCUUGAAUAUAUUUAUUUAUGUUUUUUAUAUUCUAUUGUUGAAUACGUCCAUUACAAUGGUAAGUAGCACAGAACAAGCAUGUGUAUUGUUAGAGGGGACUUUCCAUGCUCUUAGUGCAUCAGAGAAAUACUUCUGACCAUUGACAGUCUGUCUUAACAGUCUUUGACAUGCAUUAUGGCUUGAUCCCCAUUCCAGGGAAAACCUUUCAGCACACUCUUGAGUGCUGCACAGCUUACAGAGCUACAAUUUUAAAUCAUAAAAGGGCCCUGUGUAGGUUUGUCUUGAGCUGGAAUGAGUCAUGUUGUUUUUACAAGAAAUGUGAGGAUUUUUCACAUAAAAAGAGCCACCUUUUAUUAAUUUUUCAGGUUUCUUAAGGGCUUAUGCUGUGUCAAACAGGUGGUGAUAGACAAUAAGUGAGAAAAAGUCCUUGAGGAGGAAAAAAUUGCAAAAAUUGCCACCUGCACAACUCAUGUGUCACCAGAGGGGGGCGACAGCAUUCAGCUGAAUCUCUGGUCCUUAUAUUGAUCGAGCUUUGGUGAUUGCAAUAGUGAUGUAACUGAGUCCAUUUACUCAAGUACUGUAUAUAAGUGCACAUUAAUAUCAAUAUUAUGUUACUUUUGUGUGAUGUUUACUUCCCUACAUUUCAAAUAUUUCUAUAUUUCCCUACAUUUUUAAUAUUUAAUAACAUUUGAUUGAACUGCAUUCAUCUGAUAGCUAUACUUACAGUUUACAUUGGAAAAAACAAACAAAAAACACAACAAAUGAUUUGUGACAUGAAACACACAGUUCAAGAUUAAGUACCAGGCUGAGUACUUUUCCUUUUAGUACUUAAAAUAUGUUCCCACUUUUGUACUUGAACUCCAGACCAGAACUUUUUGUUUUUAUUGGUGAACUUUUUUAUUGGUGGCUACUUCACUUUUGAAUUUAGUGAAUGAUCUGAGUACUUCCUCUGUCUACUUUAUGUACCGUGAAACAGCGCUUAAUAUUUUAGUAGGCGGUAAAAAGUAAACUAUUUCCCUCUGAAGUGUAAUUGAGUAGCUAAUGGCUCUAGAAACACUGAAGCACAUAAUAAACGUCAAACAUCUACUUGAGUAAUGUACGUAAGUAGAUGUGCAUAGUUCCAUAACAAUUAUUUUUUUUAAAAUGUGUGUUACAUAAUAUUUUUUUGGACAAAAUAUAAUAAAUCUAAACAAUCCGAGGCUUCAGCUGUGACAGUUUUCCGACCUCCGACUGAGUUGGACACCAACGUCUGUUGUCACCGCGGCCAUUAAGCAAGCAGCUGGAAAUACAAGUAAAAGAUGUCAGCCUUUUCCUCAGGUUGUAAAACUGUCCAUGUACCAUCUUCACCUUCAUCCAGAGAACACACCUGUGACUCUGGGCUGAUAUUGAACAAAGGAGGAUAUUUGGUGCAUGAUCAGGGACAGAUGUUGGGAACAGAGCUUGGUCUGAUGGAGAUGACAGAGGUUGAAUACACCCACCUUCAGCACCUUAUCCAGGAGCACAUGGAGGCACAAUCUGGGCCUCCAGACGGGCCAGAUGCCAGAGCUCACCCUUCCACGGUGAUUGCUAAUGAUGCCUCUGGAUCCACAGCGGUUUCUCCCUUUGCAACCAGUCAAGCUAUUGACCUGUCAACUUCGACAGAUGAUCACACUCUGGUGAUGCCAGGAGAACAGACACCAGCAUCUUAUGGAGAGGUCCCAGGUUUUGUGCUGGCCAGAAUCAGGAGUGAAGACAGUCCAGUUGAACUGCCCGCUAACAGCAGCACGACCUCACAGAAGCGAUCCAGAUCAGCUGCUAGAGUUUGUUUGGAGAAAAGGUUCAACACUGUAUCUGCUGACAGCCCAAGACAGCGGGAUAUUCAGUCAGCAGUUCUCAGCAAUUUUCUGACAAUAUUUCAGCAGCCUGCAGAGGCUCAAGAGGUGGUCAUACAUCCAAAGAUGUGGCUGAAAACUGACCCUUUUGAGGUUUCCAAUCCAUAUGUAGGGGGUGUAUUUAACCCUGUCACCAACCUGUGUGGUCAGGUGAUUGGCCACAUUCCUCAUGUGGUUGAAGCUAACAAGCACCAGGGUUUAAUCAUCCCUAAGAGUUUUUCCUUUAAUUUUUGCCCAGAGAUGGUUAUUACAAAAGCCCACUAUAUAGGCAGCAGCAACCCAACAGGAGAGAAGCAGCCGGUGAACACAGAAAAUGAUGUGGUGACACCUGCUGCCUCCAGAAAGCGUGGCUCUCAACUCACCAAGGCUGCAAAGGCUGCCCCAGACUCAGCUGCUGAGUCAGGGAACAGUGCCAGGAAAAGAGCUGGAUUCUGUAUGUCACAUAGCCAGCGCAGGGAGAGACACAACAGUAAGGAGAGGGAACGCAGGAAGAGGAUUCGUUUGUGCUGUGAUGAGCUGAACAUGCUGGUGCCGUUCUGUGACUCAGAUACAGACAAAGUCACCACCCUGCAGUGGACCACUGCCUUCCUCAGAUACAUCAAUAAAACGUACGGAGACACCUUCAAAGAGGACUUUCAGAAGUCAUUCGCUGAUGAGAAAGGACUCUUUCUUAAAUCCAGCCCUUCUUCAGGCCAGGACCCAAUCCACCGGGAGAUGGACGAGACACUGAGCAUUCCUCACGCGGUAGAACAGUGACACCCACACCCCCACCCCCCACCUCCAUCCUCACUAUUUUAUCCAACAAAUCAGCCAGAUGUUUGAGUACAUUUAACUGUUAAAUUAGCUGAGGUUGUCCCACAAGGUCUGGCUAUAUGUUACAUUUUGAAUGACAAAAAGAUUUCCCUCUUGAGAGGAGCUCUGCUUCUGCUUAUGUAGCAAUGAUUUAGAAAGUGGAAGGCUUUCAAAGAGUCAUCAACAGGUGGCACUGUUUCCCUUUGAAAGCCAGACUAGAUAGUGCUCUAAUGAGUAGAUUUCAGCUCUUCAACAAUAAAUGAUUUAGCUCAUUUUAAUUAAUUUUUUAAUAGUUUCUAUGCCAAAUAUUGUUUACUUAUUUUUAAAAUUGUUUACAUUGGUUAAACUUUGUUCAUGCAGUAUCUUGUUCAGUUUUCUUGUACACAUUUAUCACAUAUUUAAGUAUUUUUGCAUGAAAAUAAGUGUUGCUGCCUUGUGAAUUAAUGGGGUUAUUUAACUUUUCAUGGUGUUACUCAUAUUACUUUGAAGUAGACUGUUCAUUUGAUAUGUAGAAAAGAGUAAUGUUUUACUGAAAAGUGGCUUUAUUUGUUCUUUCUUACAACAUGUCGCUGUAGCAUCUUACUGUACAUACAACAGUCACCCACAAAUAAUAAAUAGUAUUUAAAGUCAUGUAUAUUUAAUAGUUACAGCACCGGUAGUACAUAGUGGAUGUGGUCAUUGCAGAUUGAAAAAAAUGAAAAUUUCUUUUCUUUUACUGUUUCGCUAAGAUUCUUAAAUGUAUUUUACACUGUCUGAUUUAUGCAUCCACAAGUUUUAUUUUGUUUUUGAUUCUCACAUCUAGAGAAUCAGCUUCACAUGUAAUUAAAACAAACAAACAAAAAAAAAGCUGUAAAAAAAAGACUAUCAAAAGUUUAAAAAUUCUUGCAUUAAUCUACACAAUGUCUGGGCACCUGGGUAUUUGUUUUUUAUUCCUUUUACAAUACAUACACAGCUCUUCGGCAGAGACUUUUUGCCUCUGGUAUCUGUUUCCAUAUUUUACACUGUAAGCUUGUAUGUUGAGGUAACACCUGUGAUUUACACUAAUGGGCCGUGAUAUAUGCACAUUCACUUCAGAGACAGUCACUGUUGUUUUUAGAGUGUCAUCUGCCAGAAGGAUGUUAACUAAAGUAAUGGGGGCAUGGAAACAACAUGUACAAAGUUUUAUACACAAAGGACUCAUCAUUCAUUUUCCAGUUGUUUGUAAGUCAAGUCUUGUUAAGUGAUAGUAUUUGGAGCAAUGCAGUUGUUCUCUUGCACUCUUCCGUGCCUCUGUCCACUUUAUUUCUGGAUGUCAUCUUGAUGUUUUUGUCUCUCAAUUGCUCUGGUUUUGAUGUCACUCCUUGGAUGUUCCACUAUUCCUCUCACAAUAUCACACCUGUUGAUGUUACUCUUCCCAUCUUGUGAUACAUAUAUUUAAAUAAAGAGGACAUUUUUGUGAUCA